AUGUCUCACAACACCCUCGGAAACGGCGAGUGGCUCCUCUCGGGACAAAGCCUUUGGAGCACAGACGGCACCGUCGAGCUCAAGAUGCAGGACGACGGGAAGAUCGCCAUCUACAGUGACGGCGAGUUUCGCUACCAAAACACUGCCGAGCAGCGCUACGACAUAAAGGGCAUGCACAUGCAGGAGGACGGCAACCUUGUUAUCUAUGACAACAAUGACAACCCCGUUUGGGCGACCCAAACUAACACCGGUGAUAAUACCGUGGUCUGCGUCGUGCGCAACGAGGGGGAUUUCGUUCUAUACAGCGGCACUAAGAUCUGGUCUUCCAAAAGCAUGUAG